UUGAAACCAGUAGUACCGUCUGAAAGUGACUGAAUUUGCUGUUCCUGCUGUCAGCGUCUGACGGUUAUGAGAACAGGGACAGUAAGAUGGAGAUACUUCACGCUGUCCACGUUUUUGUCAAAUCACUGCUCUUUUUGCUGCUGUGGUCAAACUGUGAAGGAAGAGAGUCGGAGCUCAACUAUGUGACCUGUGGCUCACUGGUCAAACUGCUCAACACCAGACACAACGUCCGCCUUCAUUCCCACGAUGUCAAAUACGGCUCAGGCAGUGGACAGCAGUCUGUAACUGGAGUGGAGAAUGCAGAUGAUGGCAACAGUUACUGGCAGAUUCGUGGGAGGCCCGACCGUCCAUGUCAGCGCGGGACAGCCAUCAAGUGUGGUCAGGCCAUCCGCAUCACGCACAUGAAGACUGGCCGAAAUCUUCACACACACCACUUCAGCUCGCCCCUGUCUAAUAACCAGGAAGUCAGUGCUUUUGGAGAGAACGGUGAGGGUGACGACCUGGACUUGUGGGCGGUGCAGUGUGACAGCGACUACUGGGAGCGCGACGAGGCUGUGCGUUUCAAACACGUGGGCACCAGUGUCUUUCUGAGUGUGACGGGUGAGCAGUACGGCCACCCCAUCCGCGGCCAGCAUGAGGUGCACGGCAUGAUCUCUCCCAACCAGCACAACUGGUGGCGCUCCAUGGAGGGUGUCUUCAUCCAGCCUAGCCAGGAGCCGCUGCGCCACGAUGAGCUCUGAUCAUCACUUGGAGAUGCUAAGCCUGUGGAUUCAUGUUUUAUAGCUCGCCUGGACCAAAUGAUGUAGAAUGCUUGACUGAUCACGUAUACACAUGUGAAGCACUCAGGGUGUUAUGAGAUGAGGGGUAGUGUAGUGUAGCAGCGUGCUUUAUUUAUUCUGUCUGUUUCCUCUUACCCCUUUCUUCUUUCCUCUCAUAAGGGACAAAAUGCUUUUUGUGAAAAAUCAAGGCUGGAAUACCAACAGGGCUAUGGGGGCCUUUAGGGGACCAGAAAAUUCACUGUUGUAAAUACACACACACCACAGAACAAUAUCAUUUGAAACAUCAAGAGGUCCUGUGUCAAAUAAAAGCUCCGUAAAAGCUCUGCAUUAGUUCUUUGCGCUAAGGACAUGUCAGCCAUUCCCUGGUGUCAGUUUCUCCACUGUGAGGAUUUUCGAUCACUGUAAACAGAAUCUCUUUGAACUGUUGCUCAAACAAAGCAAGACAAUGGAUUAUGUCCACCUUCAAUUUUUGCACUGGGAGAGACAUUUUUCACUUCUGCCUGACAUUCUAUAGAGCAGAUGAUUACUCAAAACAUUUAGCAGUUUAAUCAGGCAGGAGGCAGCCCAAGAAACCAUUAGUAGAUUAAUCAAGACAAAGAUGGCUGUGUUCAGACAGACUGUCACCACAACAAAGAAUUCUCACCAUUAUUUUAUUAACGUUGAUGAUUGACUUGGGGGCGUGUUGUUCGCGUGAGCAACCACAUUUAGAGCAUGUCUGAGUGGAGUGGGGUUCAUACCCAGAUAUGGAUUUCUUUAAAUCCUUCCCCAGAAAUGAGCAGCUUUGAAACUGCUUUCAUCCUGAUGUGACUUGCAGUGGACCAAUCAGAGAGAGAAAAGCUCAGAUUCAUCAUUUUAACAGCCUCCAGAACCAACACAAUCUUGUCGAUUGUACUGCACCACUAUAACAAUGCCUUUGUUGUGUUUUUCAGCCUCUGUACAGUACUCCUUGCGUGACAACAACAUUUUUGUGUCAUGGUGAAUGUUUUAUGUGAAGGGAAGAGAAGUACAUACUUUUUAAAAUGAAUGAUUUUUACUUUUUCCUCCUUCCUUGUUCAUUGUUGGGUUCCUUUGUAAAUUUGUGGCUGGUGAACUAUUCUUCACAAGUCUGUUAAUAGAUGAAAAUUCUAUUUGAAACCACCUUGUUAACGUUACAUAUAACAAACCACUGAUUUGACUUGAUAGCGACUCAGAACUCUGGAGAAGAUGUACAAGAAGAUGUCAUCUGUCUCAGAGCAACAUGUGUUUUUUUUAAGAAAAUAAAUAAACAAGAUGACAUUGUGUCAUAGA